UGAAUAGGAGAGGGACGCACACUCUCACCCUGUUACCACAAACAAAACCUAAAAUAUCCAUUAUUUGCAUGGAGCAACCAACGGCGUGGAAAACCAAAAAAAAACAGCAUGUACUCAAACUACAAAACACUGCUUUGCAUAGCAUAGAUACAGGUCUGGCUAGGUACAGCAGGCUGUACAUGUCCCAGGAUAUGAAUCAUGAAAGAGUUUCAUUGUGUACAAAAGGAUGAUAUAUCGGCAAGUAAAGGUGACGGAUGUACAGAACGAGUGAGAGAGACACAGAGAGAACUUCAAAUCGAACAGAGGACAGAAGACAGAUGAUUGAAUGAAGCCUCCACCACUAACCAUGCAGUGGAGUCUAUCUCUCUGCUCUUUAAUGGGAGUUGCGUUAUUAGCCCAGAUGAGCAGCACCUCAACAGUAAACGUUGCGUUACAAGGAGUGGCCACUCAGUCAUCACUGUACUCUGCUCCUAAUACUAAUGUUAAUCAUGUGAAAGCUUCUAAUGCCAUUGACGGGAACAAAGACCCAAACGCCGACAAUGGAUCCUGCACCCACACAAUGAAGGAGACCAACCCCUGGUGGAGAGUGAACCUGCUGGAUGUGUACAAAGUGACUACUGUUGUAAUCACCAACAGAAACAGCAAUCCUGAGAGGCUCAAUGGUGCAGAGAUUCGUAUUGGUAAUUCACUGAAGAACAACGGCAACAACAACCCCAUAUGUGCAGACAUCUCCAGCAUCUCAGCAGGACAGAACCAGACCUUCCAGUGUAAAGAGAUGGAGGGACACUAUGUCAGUGUGAUCAUCCGUGGCAAUGACCAAAUUCUCACUCUGUGUGAGGUGGAGGUAUAUGGCAGUCUAGCGGGACACUGUUCAUCUGCAACAUGCCUCUCUCAUGACGAGUAUCAGUUUGUGAACCAAAAUAAGACCUGGACUGAAGCACAGAGUUACUGCAGACAGCGGUACACGGACCUGGCCACCAUAGACAACGUGGAGGACUUGGACAGACAGAUGAAAGCUGUACACAGUAAUUAUACUGAAGCAGCCUGGAUAGGGUUAAAGAAGGGAGACUGGAAGGGAGAGUGGCAGUGGUCAGACGAUGAUUGCAGUGAGGGAUAUUUCAACUGGCGCCAAGACGAACCAAAUAACAGGGAAGGGAACGAGGACUGUGUGAUGAUGAGCAACGGUGGCCAAUGGAAUACAUCUAAUUGCAACAAUUCACAUGCAUUUAUCUGCUAUGACAGACUGAACAGUUCUGGUACGAAAUUCAAUUUUAUUUAUAAUACUCAGAUGACUUGGAGAGAUGCUCAGAUGUACUGUAGGGAGAAUCACACAGACCUGGCCAGUGUGAGGAACCAGACUGAGAACGAGGAGAUAUUUAGACUGGCUAGUGGUGAUAGUGUGUGGAUUGGCCUGUUCAGAGGCUUCUGGAAGUGGUCGGACCAGAGUAACUGCUCAUUCAGAAACUGGCAUGAGAGACAACACGAUAACACCGGAGGGAAUCAGACCUGUGCUGUGACAUUUAUGAACUAUUCCGGGCGUUGGGGUUUUCAGAAGUGUGAUGAAAAACAACCUUUCUUCUGCUACUACAAUAAGGUGAUCUUGAUCCAUCAGAAUAAGACGUGGAAAGACGCCCUGGCCUACUGCAGAGAGCAACACAACGACCUGGUCUCUGUCCACUCUGACGAGGUCCAGAGAUGGGUGGAGGCCCAGGCCAAGAGAGCCUCCACUCCUCAUGUGUGGCUGGGCUUGCGCUUCACCUGCACUUUGAACCUCUGGUUCUGGGUCAGUGGAGAGUCCACCUGCUACAACAACUGGGCUUCGGGAAACGGGACCGUCAUGAAGGACUGUGGGAGAACCGGAGUGAGGAGUACCGGGGCGGUAGAGAAAGAUGGAGGACACCAGUGGGUCAGUCUGCCUGACACAGAAGAGCUCAACUUCAUCUGCAGCACCUCUAACAAAAGUAGAAUCAGGACCAAGGUAGUAGAGUCUGGACCAAGGUAGUAGAAUCAGGACCAAGGUAGUAGAAUCUGGACCAAGGUAGUAGAGUCUGGACCAAGGUAGUAGAAUCUGGACCAGAGUAGUAGAAUCUGGACCAAGGUAGUAGAAUCUGGACCAAGGUACUAGAAUCUGGACCAAAGUAGUAGAAUAUGGACUAAGGUAGUAGAAUCUGUCAUGUAUUGUCAUGUUGUGUCUUUCUGUCCUUUCCUUUCACCCUGUCUCCCUCUGCUGGUCGUAUUAGGUUACCUUUUCUCCCCCGCUU